ACAUUUCCCUUCUCUUUUCAUUUGUUGCAUUUGUCUCGUUUGUUUGGAUCUCAUGGCGAACGCCUUGGGACGAUUAACGCAGCCGAGCGCUGUUGCUGUCUAAAAGAACGCAUGCCAGCUGUGUCCACGCCAGUAUUACAUUCCUGCCCCUCUUCGAUUGCGGUUGUGCUUCGCGGUGUGGAAAACGCCUCGAGCUUCUGCAUCGUCCGUGGUGGUGUCGUCGCGACGGAGUGUUGUGUUGUGGUAGUUGUGGAUUGACCCCGCGCUACCACGAAGGAGGGGGACAUGGGCAAAGCCAGCCGUAGAUGAUGCGAACUGAAGUAUGUGCGAGCAGACCCGAGUGCUGCCAGAGUUUGUGGGCAGCCAGGCAAGCGGGCGCCGCAUCGACCCGCUGGACAAAAGCAGCAGCUUGUGGUGGCGGCUAACUGGCCCCAACCGACACGCGGCCACACGCCAAGCCAGCACUGCAGAGGGAGUUUACGCGUCUAUCAAACCACUGGCAAAAAGCCUGCCUCAUGUUGACAAGCCUGCUCCAGAGGAGGGAUCUGGUGAGCCUCCGGGAGUCCAGUCUAAUGUGCGGCAACAGCAGCGGUCAUCAAACGCAUCCCUGAACCACGGAAACAUCCACUGGCAAUCACGUAGCCUGAAUGCGUCGCCCAGUGAUACGCUGGACUCGCCUGCAGAUGCAACGAGUCCGAUUUCACGCUCGUGCGAGUCUUUGGAUGAGCCCGAGAUCGACUACUCGGACAAUGAGGAAGCCUCCAGCACCAAUGCAGUUAAAGAAACCGCCGAGCCAUCAUCUUACCACUUUAGGCGUGAAAGGGACAUGCCAAUAUAUGCCAACUUUCCACCGCUGCCUUGCCCUCCAAGCCCACCUCAUCCAUCACCCGACGAGCAACCGCUGCGUUUUUUGAGCGACCACUGGGCUGAAUUCGAUGCACGUGGGGUCGGCCGGAAGUUUUAUUACAACUUUCACACCGGACAACGCUCGUGGAAGCCUCCCAGGCGCCGAGGGGAGCUACCUACCACUCAUGAAAGGGAUCGUGCCAGCCUAGCUCCGCAGUCGGUCUCACCGCAGAUAUCUCAACGCAAGGGCCCCCCGCCUCUUCCACCAGCCAAAAAAAAGCCACCCAUCCAAAGCAAUCCACUUUCCUCAAGCCAAGACAGUUUGCUGUCAUCCAGCCGCGACAGCUUGUUGUCCUCCAGCCGAGAGGACCUUCUGUCCAGCAGCCGAGACAGCCUGUCGCAGUCCUCUUCUACUGGUCAUAGCCGUCCUUCUGUAAACCAUCCUGGUUCUUCUUCUCUUCCACGAGAGAGCUCUAGUGAGGAGUCCGUGCAGCAAAAUGGCAACAGCAAAUUCUACUUUGCCCGUGGAAGUCGGCUGGCAAUGGCUUACCAGUCAGCGGCAGACAGGUGGUACAGCUCAGUCGAAGAUCCCAGCCAGAUGACUGGUGAUAGGCCCCGUCUGCUUCCUGGCAGUUCCAUAGAGGAGGAAACUGAUUCCAUCUCUGAGAGUCCAUCGCCAUGGGAGCGUAGGGCACCUGUGGCCGAGAACAGCAGUGGGGCACGGGGUAGCCAUUACCCAGGUAUUCCGCCAACGCUGACGCCGAAGCUGAAUCGUCUGAAGCCCACGCCUCCGCCAGUGCUACCCCUCUCCUCGUCCCUGUCCGAAGCAAAGCACGCCAGGGCUAUGAGGACCCGUUCUAUGAUUCUGCCCGAGGACUACCCGUUGCAUGGUCCGUCCGUGGCAGAAGCCAUAGAGACCUUUGACACACUGGAGAUGGUGACACGCCAGGGUACUCUGAACAAGACAGAGUUGGUCCGAGCGGGGAAGAAGCAAAAGAAAAGCUGGUCACCUGCAUACGUGGUGCUCACCAAUCGAAACCUCUUUCUCUACAAAGACAUCAACACGGCUCAGGAGGUAAGCCCUUAAACCGGCCGGAAAAGUUCUGAACUUCAGAUAAACCUGGCUGGAGCUGUCAUAGAUUGGUGCCCUGACAAGUCUAAACGCCGAAACGUAUUUCAGCUAAGUACUACAGCUGGACAAAAGGUACUCCUUCAAGAUGACAAUGUCCAAACAAGCAAGGAAUGGUUUGAUACCAUCAGUGCAGCUAUCAAGAGAUUGCCCAAUGGCUUGGGCCUUGUUAUGGGCUGGCAGCCAGAACCACCUCCCGCUCCCCCACCUCCUCCCGAGGAAACCGCACCUCCACCUUCGUCCAGUUUCGCAUCGCGGCGAAGCAAGAAGACUAGCCGAACCAAGUCCAUUCGCCAGCCGGCAUCUCCACCUGCCCCGACUUUUGAUGCUGCGCAGAUGCAGCAGCAACAUCAGCAACAACAGUCCCAAGCUUCUGGAGUGGUAGACUCAUGUGGAAGCCAGAGCCCGCAGGAACGGAAGAACCGGAUCCGGAACAAGCUACGACAAUUUUUUGUCCGCAGGCCAACGCUAGAAAGCCUCCAGGAGAAAGGAAUCUUUAAGGACGAGCCCGUGUUUGGUUGCACACUGGCACACUUGUGUGAAAAGGACCGAUCAAGCGUACCUCGGUUUGUUCAGGAAUGCAUCCUCGAGAUUGAGAGGAGAGACAUGACGGCUGAUGGUCUCUAUCGUGCCAGUGGCAACCUCUCACAAGUGCAGAAGGUCCGGUGCCAUGUCAAUCAAGAUGACUACAGUGUCUUAGCGCAAGAAGAAGACAUCCAUGUGCUGACUGGAGCUCUGAAGAUGUUCUUCCGGCAUAUGAAAGAACCCCUCUUCCCUUACAACCUGUUCACCAAGUUCCUCAAGGCAAUUGGUCAGCCCACAAGAACGACCAAAAUGGCCAUGUUUCGAGAUCUCCUGUCUGAGUUGCCAAGACCAAACUAUGACACACUCAAGUACCUGCUUAGGCAUCUUCUGAGGGUGACUGAGCACAGCGACAAAAAUCGCAUGCAUAUCCAAAACCUGGCCAUCGUGUUUGGGCCAACACUACUGUCAUCGGGCGAGGAGCCCCGAAACCUGGCACUGGACAUGAUGCAACAAAACCAGGUCAUCGAGUUCCUCCUGCUCGAGUUCAACUUCCUGUUCCCCUGAACACCAUUUUUUCUUCAACCUCCCAAAGAGCAGGGAAAUGGACCCCUGCAGUUUUCAGUUCCUACUAUUACAGUGGCACUGCUAUACUGUCACCAUGACACACAGAACACCCACAAAAAGGUUGUCCAGAAUUUCUCUCGCACCAUGCAAGUGAAAAGAAGAGUGCUGCAUCUUUGUUAUGCGCUACGCUGUCUCCUGCCUCAUUUAUUUCUGGCCAGUCCUCUUUCAUGAAUGGCGUCUCCUGCUUUGAUGCAAGACAACAAAACAGUUCUGCGCUCAUCCAAAAGGUCGCUCUGCCAAAACACAGCUCUAAGAAGUUGCAGACAUUGUGCUCGUGCUGUGCCCGAUAAAUAGGGACGUCGGUUCACUCCUGCACUUGCCACCAGAUGGUGUGACUCUUGAGUCAUAGCUUCAGGACUGUGCUUUGGCCAGCCCACAAUCACGCCCAUCGUUCAUCUACCAUUACAGCCACGGUGUUGCUAUCCCGGCCUCGCUUGCCACCGUGUUUUGCCAUGAAACUGGUCUAGUAGACAGCAGUGUCUGAAAUGAUUAUGUAGGCUCAAGCCUGAAUUUUCUAGGCGUUCAUUUAAGCUCGAGUAGAUCAAGUGUUAUCAUUCCAAGUGCCCAAACUCACCUGUAGUAAUUCCUAAGAGUAUCUGUCCUCUUUUUAUUGUUAUCAUUGUUUUUAUCUUGAUGAUGUGUAGCCACAGCAGUGAUCGAGUGAGAGUGGCAGCUCUUGCUGCCCAGCUUGAAUGAAAAUCUUCGGUCUGAAAACAUGAUUAUAAUGCUACAGUCGAUUUGCCCGCAUGAAGAAUACACUGCCCAUGUAAAGGUAACCAGGAGAAGAUGAGCCGAAAGCAGUGGCUAGUGUGCCUAGAGAAGCGUUUAAUAUGCAAGUUAAAGACAUCUAUUAUAUAGCAGCCCAUAUUUAGGUAUUUAGCAAAGAAGUUGUGUGUAGUUUCAUCCAUGCCUAUGCCCUAAUGAUAUAAGAAAUAUGUCACUUGACAUACACAAUCAUGUUGAGCCAGCCAUCGUGUUAGCAACUGCACUUACUGUGUACAGAAACUCAUGUUCAUUUUUCCUAGGGAACCUUGUGGGCUAUUUGCUUUAGUUCAAUAAGCAAAUUGUGGCAAGCAUUUUGUGCAUAGCCUUGAGGCAGUGCAUUAUGUUGCAUUCAACUGUUAAAACGUUGUUUCUAUGCAUGUAUUCACCCAUGUUGUUGUUUGUGAUUUAUUAGCAGUGUUGGGUUGUGGUCAGCUGUGCACUUAGAAGUAGCAAUGUGACUAGAAUUUCAAGUUUAUGUUCCACUUUCCCACAAAUUGUAGCCUUCCUGCUUAAUGAAAAAGCUGAUUUUCCUAAUCAUACUGUCCAAAAGAGCCAGGAAGUUGUAUCUGCAGUGUAGUGGCAAUAACCUAAAGCAAGUCACAGUACACUGUACAAAGUGGAGGACACUCUCUCUUUUUAAGGUAUUCUUCCUUUUUCGUUAGAGGUACAAAUGUCUCGUGCUCGCGUUGCAGCGCUUGUAAUUUAUCGUCCCUCAGUUGUGAACACACGAGUACCAUGAACAUUGCAAGGUGCUGGUCGGCAUGAACCUAGCUGUGUUGUCCUUUUAGUUCUGUCUCGUGAAGGAGAUUGUUGUUUGUCAAUGUGUGACACCACAUAAUCGGCAAUUUUGGUGCACUUUUCAGCAUCUGCUAACAAGGAACUGGCAUUCUUGUUAAAAAGUAUUUGUAGUUUAGUUUGAUAGUUGUUGCUUCGAGGGAAUGUUGAAAAUUGCGUGUGUAACAUCAUUGUUAAUGAGGCAUUCAGAUGUGGUUGCUAAUCCUGUGAUAUUUUUAUGACAGUAUUACAGCCCAUUGAAAAAGGCAAAGCGGUGCUGCCUCUCUUGUGCACAUACAAUUUGGGCUUUAACGAAAGCAUGCCAUCGAUUGUGAAUAGAGGAGCAUGUAUCAGGUUUAUUUAUUGACAUUCCUCACAGUAUGCUCUGUGCCUUAAGAGAAAAAUCAAUGAUAUGCAGUUUUUGAACAUGUUUCAAGUUUGCCAUUGUGUUGUUGAAUUUAGAGAGCACUAUAAAUUAAUAGCAAAUAAAGUUGAUUUUUUGAGUCACACA